CCACGCCUGCAAGUAAAACACACUUUUGUUUGCAGCAACCAUGAAAUUCCUGCUGAUCGUCGCUUCCGUCGUCGCCGUGGCCGUCGCUGGCCCGACCCGCGCUCUGGUCACCCCCGGUGGUGGCUCCGCGCCCAUCGUCGAUGCUCCCAUCUCCGUUGGACCCGCCCUGAUUGAGAGCCCCAUCUCCGUUGGACCCGCCCUGGUUGAGAGCCCCAUCGUUGAGAGCCCCGUCGUCGUCGACACCCCCAUCGUUGAGAGCCCCGUGGUUGUCGACACCCCCAUCGUUGAGAGCCCUGUGUUCGCUGAGCUCCCCAUCAUUGUGGAUGCCCCCGUCGUCGUCGAUGCCCCGAUCAUCACUGAGAGCCCCGUCUUCGCUGACCUCAAUUCCACAACAGUAGUUUGUCCAGAAUUUAUAUGCUAACUUCCCACUCCAGCAUAUCAUUUGUUCCCGAAUGGAUUAAAAUUUAGUACACAGCUCCGCCACACGAAAACCAGGAGUUCCUGACAAAAAUAAACCAAAGCACUGACCAUCACCAGCAUUUAACAGUUAUUUUCAAAUAAAUUGAUAUGCUAACUUCA